CCAAUCGUACUCUUUCAUAUGUACUAAUCCUUCGUGCGGUGCCAUCUUGUCGAUACGAUGAUGCUAGCUACAUACAUAGGUCCAUUAUGCAUCUGUUAUGCACUCGGUAUGUUGCUUCCCGCCUCUCAUAAUAUCGCAUCUAGGUAUCACGAUUAUUGCGGAUUGGCUGUGGAAUUUAGUAGAUUAUAGACUACUAAAUUUAGAGGUAGACGAUUUGUGGAGACCAAACAUUUCUAGUUACAGUAAUAUCAGAAACUUUUCGCCAUCCAAAACCUCCGUCUCAAAUUUGUCACAGCUACAACAAAACAACUCCCGGACCACAAAUUUGCACCGUUACCAACUUCCACUCUCAACCGAAUAAUCGGCGAAGCGGGAGCAAAAAAAGAAACAUGUCGGAUAAAAACACCACAUCCCAAGAGUUUACCUCCUAUUACCUGCAGCAAAGCACCAAGGAGUUCGCAGAGGACCUAGACAAGGUCCGCAACGCCGACGACUUUAAAGGCGAUGCGGUAGCCAUGCUCGUCAAGUCCCUACAGCAAGGCACGUCUCUAUUCUCGGCUGCCGACCAAGAGAGAAUACUGAAGGCGCGAAAAUCUGGGGAAGACAAAUGAAUGCGAAGGAGAUAUUCGGUUUUGAGGAACGAGAUUAUUUAGGAGGAACACACUAUUAACCUAGAUGGUGCUUAUUUAAAUCUAAUCGAGUCAUGAUUGUGUAAAAAGUUGACAGGUCCCUUUUCUACGGAGGGGUGAUACGUACCUAUGUAUAUAGUAGGUAAUUCACUCGAUUAGCAGCAAUUAGCAGCAAUUAGUAGCAAUUCAGCAACCUGCCUUUGCGCCCGUACA